AUGGCGAGCACCCCAGAAAAGCUGGGGGGUGGCCGCGAUGCGGUACUCACAUCGGAGGCCUCUAGUGCUACCCAGCAAGAGAUCUUUGACUCUGGUCUGCCUGAGAAGCUCGACCAGAAAGAUUCACAACUCGAAAAUACUGACCCAUCGGGCCGAGUCGAGCUCACGGAGGAUAUGUGCUACGACAAGCUCGGAUAUUCCUUCAGCGAGAAACGCAAGUGGAUGAUCAUCGCCGUCAUCUUCUUGGUCCAGACCUCCAUGAACUUCAACACUUCUCUGUACUCGAACGGCCUCGGGGGGAUUUCCGAGGAGUUUGGGGUUUCCAAGCAGGCCGCUCGCUGCGGUGCAAUGAUCUUCCUGGUGUUGUACGCUUUCGGUUGUGAACUGUGGGCCCCAUGGAGUGAGGAACUGGGUCGCAAGCCCAUCCUCCAGGCCUCGCUAUUCCUCGUCAACAUCUUCCAAUUGCCCGUGGCUCUUGCACCCAACUUUGCUUCCGUCAUGGUUGGUCGUGCUUUGGGUGGUCUCUCCUCGGCUGGAGGAUCGGUCACUCUGGGUAUGAUUGCCGAUCUUUGGGAGGCUGAUACACAGCAGUACGCUGUGGCUGCCGUCGUCUUUUCUUCCGUCGGUGGCUCCGUUCUAGGCCCCGUGGUUGGUGGUUUCGUGGAGGCUUUCCUUCCAUGGCGCUGGAGCAUUUGGAUCCAGUUGAUCUUUGGUGGUUUCGUUCAGAUCAUGCAUUUCCUGCUAGUGCCCGAGACUCGUACCACCGUGAUGAUGGACCGAAUCGCAAAGAAAAUGCGUGAAAGCGGCGAGAACCCGAAGAUCUAUGGCCCUACCGAGGGCAUGUCUUUCCGCGAGCGUUUCCCCCCUCGUGAGCUCCUGGCUACCUGGAUCCGUCCCUUCCGCAUGUUCCUCACCGAACCCAUCGUGUUAACCUUGUCGCUGCUGAGUGGCUUCAGUGAUGCUCUGAUUUUCAUGUUCGUGCAGUCUCUGUCGCUGGUGUACGGCCAGUGGGGAUUCAACACUUGGGAGAAGGGUCUGGCCUUUAUCCCGAUUCUGGUCGGUUACUUCAUUGCUUGGAUUUCCUGGUUCCCAGUCAUUCGACGCAACGUCAAGGAGCGUCGGGAUAAUCCCGACAGCGAACGUGCCCAAUACGAGUCCCGUCUGUGGUGGCUAUUGUAUACCGUUCCUUGCUUGCCCAUUGGCUUGAUUGGCUUCGCUUGGACCAGCUUGCCUCAGUGCCACUGGAUCGGCUCCAUGAUUUUCGCCGCCAUCAUUGGUAUUGCCAACUACGCUAUCUACAUGGCCACCAUUGACUAUAUGAUCUGUGCCUAUGGUCCAUACUCUGCAUCGGCGACUGGUGGUAACGGAUGGUCGCGAGACUUUUUGGCUGGUGUCCUGACCAUUCCCGCUACUCCCUUCUUCGAAAACAUUGGUGGCAAGUACCACCUCGAAUAUGCUUCUACUAUUCUCUUCUGUAUCUCUUUGCCGCUGGUCAUUGCCGUCUACGUGAUUUACUGGAAGGGUCCCGUUCUGCGCAAGCGCUCUCCCUUCGCCCAGCAACUCGAGGAGGCCCGUCACGACAUGGCUAUUCAGGGCCGCCGCCAGUCCAAGGUGCCAGAGGCAUCGCGUGCCAACUCGUAUGCCCGGUCCCAGCAGGAUCUCCGCAUCCGGCAAACCAUCGGCAGCCGUCCUGGUUCGCGAGUCAACUCCCGCGCCAAUUCUCGGGUCAACUCACGCCGCAACAGCUUGUCUGGAGUCUGA